UGACAUUCAACUUCAAAUACGAAAACACAAAACUCCUAAACAAAUAUAUGAAAACUAAAGUGCGAAGUUAUUUUAUAUUUAAAAAUCUUACACAAAAAAAGAAUUUUUAUAAUUUGGGUAUUUGUUUCGUGUUAGGAAAUCGGUUUUAUAGACGCUAGUGUAAAAAUGAAGACUAUGUCUAAAAGGAACGGGAGAGUUAAACCACCAAUUCCCACAGCAAAGUCACCAAAUAACAAUCAAAACACAAAAAGAAUAUUGAAGCUCUUAGACCACAACGUAACUAAAAAUACGAAUGAAGAAUCAGGAACCUUCUCAAAGAGCUACAAAAGGAAUCAAGCUAGAUCAAGAAGUAAACCUUGCCCUAAAGAGAAUGCUGGAAAUCAAAGAAAUUCCAAUACAGCUAAAUCAGUAAAUAACAAAAUAAAAUCUGAUAAAAAUCCAAAAAAGUUAGUCACAGAGCAGUCUUUAAAACCUGUGAAAGACCAGCAAUUAAAAAUGGUGGACAAAACUCAUCAAUAUGUUAUGACUGGACAAAGAUCUAAAACUGUUGAGCUGCCCACAGCAAAUCAAAACUUUAUAAAAAAUCCCAUGUUUGUUACUUCAACACCAAAAAAAGAAACAAUAGCCAUGCCUAUUGCGCCUCUUAGUAACAGACCCAAUAAAAGACCUGUUAAGCCUAGUCAUCAGUUAAAUGAAACAAUAUUUGAGACUACUCGAUCAAUAUUGAGAAGUGCUGGCCCAAUUACUUCAUUGACUACAUUUGAUUCUUCUAGAGAUGUUAUCAAUAAAAUUGAAAGGAAUCAUCAUAUUUUUGAAAAAAGCUUAAAGAUUAUUUUAGAAGAUAUUCAAGCCAAAACUCCUCUUAGAAGAUCAAAAAGCUUAUGUGCUGACAAAAAGUCAAAAUACACUGAAAAUGUUAAUAUUGAAAACCAUAAAAUACUAAAAGUAGUAUUAACUUCAUCUCCAAAAAAAACUAUUUCUUCAACUUCUAAUGUGACACCUAUAAAACCUAGGCAUUUGUUAUUUAACACUACUCAAUCAAGAUCUAAAAGUGCUGGCUCAGUUAAUUCAUUGACUACAUUUGAUUCUUCUAGAGAUGUCAUAAAUAAAAUGGAAAGGAAUCAUUAUAUUUUUGAAAAAAGCUUGAAGAUUAUUUUAGAAGAUAUUCAAGCUAAACCUCCUCUCAGAAGGUCAAAAAGUUUAUGUGCUGACAUUAAAGCAAAAUGCACUGAAAAUGUUAAUACUGAAAAGCAUAAAAUACUAACAACAGGCUUAACCUCAUCUCCAAAAAAAACCAUUUCUUCAACUUUUAACACUACUCAAUCAAGAUCUAAAAGUGCUGGCCCAAUUAAUUCAUUGACUACAUUUGAUUUAUCUAGAGAUGUUAUAAAUAAAACGGAAAGGAACCGUAAUAUUUUUGAAAGAUGUUUAAAGGUUGUAUUAGAAGAUAUUCAACCCAAAACUCAUCUCAGGAGAUCAAAAAGCUUAUGUCUUGACAGAAGGGCAAAAUAUACUGAAAACAGAAGUAUUGAAAAACAUAAAAUACAAAAGGUAGUUUUAAUGCCUUCUCCAAACAAAAAUAUCUAUUCAAGUUCUAAUGUCAGACCAAGUAAAAGACCUAAAAAACCUAGCCAUUGGUUAAAUGAAUCCUUAUUUGUUACAACAGUAAGAAAAAAGUCAAUAUCAAAUAGUGCUAGCCAAAGUUCCUUGCACCAAAUCAAUUUUUCUAAAGAUGUGACAGAAAUCCCAAAGAAUAAUGCAGAUGCUAUUUUGAGUAAACAAAAGUUAAUUAACAAAAGACAAGUAACAACAAAAAAAAGUUUAGAAAACACUAAAACAGAAGACAAUGGGAAUUUAGGAAAAAAGCAUUGUGAUACACAUCAGCCAACAAUUAAAACUACAUCUCAAAAUUUUAUUGGAGAGAAGAUGUUAGUCAUUAAUUUAGAUAGACUUAAUAACCAGACAGAUUUUGAUAAAUUAUCUAAAAUAAUAGAAGAGAACAAAAAUCAUCAAACUCAAACUAGUAACAAAAGCAAAAAAAAACUAAGAAAAAACCAACAACCAGUUAGGAAAACUAAGACUUUAAAUCUGCAUAAACUAAAAAAAAAAGCAGUAACCUUUAAACCACCAACUGCACUCGAAUUAAGAAACCUUAAGCCCAAAACAUAUUUAGAAGAAAGUGAUAUUGAAACAGUUGAUCAAAUGAACAAAAAGACAUAUGACUCCAUACCAGUUUAUAGGAAACCCCUACCAGAAUCUCCAAAAAGGUGUAAAACUGUUGCUGACCUUUAUGAAUUCACAGAUAUAAGCCCGAAAAAAGUUAUAAAACAAAAAACUUGUAGGAGGUCGUCUAUGUUAUUUGAUAAACACAUUUAUAAAGUUAUGAAGAGCAUUGAGAGUAAGGAAGCCAAAGUGAGAAAAAGAACCAAAAAAGCUACUAAACCACAUUUAAAAGAUUAUGAGGGUAUUAUCAGUGGUAUUGUAAAGAAUAUUGCAAACAAAAUUAACAAGAAAAAACCAAUUAAAGAUGAAAAAAGUGCUAUACAUAAAGAAAAAGCACAACAUGAUAAUAAUACUAAUAAAAUUCUUGUAAGUGAAACUGAGUUGGAUGAUGAGAUGGAAAUUAUCCACAGCCCACCUGGUUUACCUAGUAGAGACAACACUCCAGAACCACCAAGAAGCAAUGUUACUACUGAAAAGCCACUACCAAUACCAAUUACUGAUAUAAAUCAAUCAACCCCGAUUCCAUUUGCUUUACCAAAUAAUGUCAACACAAAAAGAGGCAUAAAUAAUCCUCAAGAACAUGUAGUGCUACAUAGUAUUCACAGUUCAGAUAAUUCACUUAGCCAACAAGAUAUAGAUAGCUGUUUUGGCUUUGAAGAAAAUGAUCCAAACAAUAUAAAUGUAGUGAGAGGAGGAGCUGCAAUAGAUUCUCCAGCCAAUUUCCAUGUAAGAAGACCAAAUGCAAAUAGCACAAUGUGUCAAAGAGUUUCCAGUCCAUGGAGGCCAAAUUUGAACAUUCAGAAAGUACCUCAUUUUGUUAGUGUUAAAAAUAAUGCUUUACCAAGAAUAGAUCAAGAUAUGGUACUUGACCAUACAUUUGUGGAUCAGUUUGAGAAGAAUGAUUCAAAAACGGUUAAUAAUAAUACCCCUGCGAAAAAGUCUCCUAUACAGACAAGCAUUUUGGAUUUUGUGGAAUGCAAUGUGGAACAGAAACAAAAUAUGUUGAUGCAGAGAAGUUUAUAUGAUGUGGAUGAAUUUGAUAGCCCUGAAAAAAUAAGUAAGAGGAAGUUGAAUGGAAGGGUUAAAGAAGUUAGAAGAAAUCUUCAAGUUGUCACAGCACUUGGUGACAUCACUAAUACUUCACCUCAAAAGAGAAGUCCUCUACUGCCCCUCGAUGAAUCUCAACAAGUCAUUGAUCAGCCAAUCAUCACAACCAGCAUGGUUCAAUCAGUUACUUACUUUGGUUUUGAAGAAUCCACUGGAUUAGUUGAAGACCAAGAAAACCAAGAUGAAAAUUCACCUGGCAAACCUUCCAGAUUUAAUUUGACUACAUUAAAACAAUAUUACAAAAAACAGAAAAGAGCUGAACGUUUAAAGGAAAAAGAAAAUGCAGCGAUACCCGAAGAAAUAAAUGCUGCUCAAGAUGACGAGAGUAUCUCUUUAAUGGAAAAUUGCAGUGACGAGGUUAAUGACGAUGAAUUGCAGUUAUUUGAAGAACCUGAAGAGAUGCUUGAUAAAAUGGCUAUGGAAGUUCAGGAAAAGAAUCUCAAAAGGAGGAGAAGAGACUCUUGUAACUCUGAUACCAGUGAUACUGGAAGAAAGAAGCGAAAACAUAAGAAAACUAAAUUUGAGUUGCAACAAGAAGCUUGGAUAAAUAGUUUUAAUGAGGAAUGUCACGAUAUCGAGAAGGAACAGUUGGAGUUGGAAUAAGUUUUUAUUCAUAUAUUUUAGAAGCUAUACAAGCUAUACUAUUUUUACAUAUUUUGAAAGCUUUAAUUAUAUGUUUCAAGUUGUGCCAACGGUGUAUAAUCCAGUAUGUGCAGGGUAGAGUGUGGCCUAGUGCUAAAAUAAAGUAAUUGCAUUCGCCGUGAAGCAGGAAAGGUAGAAAGGUGCCUUAUUUUUAAAAUUCCAAUAUAUUUUAUGGACUUAAAUUAAAAAAAGUUAUAUAUAUAUGUGUACCCCAGAGCCAGACUAUGUUAAGUCCAAAAUGUUAAUUUUUCAGUAGAGUAAUUUUAUUCCAAAUAUUUUACAAAAUUUUAAAUUACAAAAAACCAGUUUUUAAAAUUUAAUUUUUUAUUGAAUAUUUAAAUUUACUUCAAGGAUAAGAAUAAAGAGUAGAAAAGCGAUUUUAGCAUUUACCUAUUGUUUUUUGAUUUUUGUGACUUAACAUAGUCUUCUUCAGAUAAUUUUAAUUUUUUUUGGAUUUAAUUUAUAUUUUAAGUCCCAAAGAAGGGACUUAAUAUAUUUUUAAAACGUGUUAAGUCCACUUAUCGUUAAUGCAUAAUUCAUUCAAAAAAAAAAAACUACAAAUAUUUAUUUAGACAUUCAAAUUGUAAUUAAGAAAAGUUGGGUUACAUACAAAAAUUUUAUAGUAUUAGAAAUAUUUAGAUUUUUAUUCACUUUCUUCGUUUUUGCCAUAUUCUAAAUUCUUAUAAUAAUCAUGGAAUUUUUUUUGGUACCCAUUUUAAAAGUUUUUGCAAAUGGUUGUACUUUUUGGCUGAAAGUGGUUUAGGCCCUGUCCUAAUGUGCCCCCAUUCAUAUGGGCAUGCAAUUAGUUCGUUUGGUCCUUCUGUUGAAGUCAACUUCCAUAAACUCUUUUCCAAAGUCUGCUUUAUAGUAUAAAAUCCCAGGGUUAUCUUUUCUAGCUUGCAUAUGAACCGCAUGCCAUAUUAAAAAGUCUUUUCCCAAGUUAUCCUUUUUCUGCUGAAUAUAUGGUGCCGUCGAGCUAUUAAAAAGUUGCUUAAACUCAAAGUCAGAAGUUUCCAUGUUGACAACAAUACUUCUUUGUUCCACAUAGCCGAAUUACCUGCUGCCAAUCCCAAGGAGUCAUAAUCUGAAGUUGCGGAAGUUUUUUUCUUUCACGCUCGAUCACAGAAUGAACAACAUCAGCCUCCAAAUGAGUGUGUCCUCUCGCUAGAAACUUAAGAUUAAUGGUAUUUAUGUUUGGUUUAAUCUGAAGGAUGUAAAAAUUAUAAAAUUAAAUUAUGUAAAAAUAACCAUUAAAAUGUUUCUGUUUUGGCUGGGACAGUUAUCGGACCAAAUUGUUAUCCCUUUUAUCUCAUCUGAAACAUGUGUCUCUACCUAUUUUAUUAAUCAUGAAGCUUCAUUUCCUCCGCGAGCAGCUACGCUCUCAUCCCACAUCACGCAAAAACUUUUUUCAUCUGUCACAUCUUGUAUUGUUAAGUUAUAUGUCCACAGCUUAAGAGAAUAGAAGCUUUGGGAGUUAUGUAGAUCUGGUGUUGGUAGACAUUUCUGGAGAUCAAUCAGUAUAACUUUUGUUUCUCGUAAAUUUUCCCUCGACUUUUUUUUAUUUUCGAAUUUAAGCUUAUAUUUAUAGUUGGUAUCUGCAAUAUGCUUGUCAUAGUCAGUUUGCGCGCUUGGCCGUAAUUCAAGAGAUUCCGCUUCACAGAUAUUAAGCUGAAGCUCACCGCAUAGGUCACAGGUGUCGUUGUCAGGACUCUUAAAGGAGUAGUUAUAUUCAUAGUUAAAUAUCUCUGAAUAUAACCACUCCUUUGCAAUGUUUUCGGCUCCAAGACCAUUCUCUUGAGAUUCUUCUAAAUAAAGAUUAUACAUCCUACUUAUAUUCAAAUGAUUACCGAGAUAUUUCUUUUUUUUUUCCCGGGAAUAGUGUGACUCGUAAGCUGGAAAUUUCGAAAUAUGGGCUCGAACAGCGUUUUGUACCUCCUCUGAGAUUUUGUUGACAGGUACGUGUUUUCUCUUUUAUCAGGUGUUACAAUGCCUCCAUCCUUUUUCUUUUUAAUUGCAGUAUCCACUGUUUGCUGAAAGAUGCUCAGUGUAUUUAAAAUAACUUUUUGCAAACCUUUUCUUUUACUCCGCCUGUUUCAAAACUAUAUUUAUUAGUAAAAUUUCUUUUUGCCCAUCUUUGACCAGUUACCUCCCUACGUCUUUUUAUUGGUAUUUGAGAAACGUUGGAUGCUAUGUAUUGCCUUCUUACAUUUAUUGUUUUUGAUGGGCUCCAGAAAUUCUUAUGAAUAAUUUGGCGACGCACCUGAGAAAUUUUAUUUCUACAUAAGAGUUUGCAAGUAUCACCACACGGUUCCUUAAGAGAUUUCGAUUUCAUAAUACGAUUGCCACUGUCCGUUUUGUAUUCUAAUCCUGAAUACCGUUUCCUUUUUGUUACAUUUUUUUUCCAAAUUUUUGGAUCUCGUCUUCUUUUUCGGGUUAGUAUUUUAGCUUGUACUUCGCAUUGAUCUAGUUCAGCAUUAGAUGCACCUUCGCCUUCAUCUUGCUCAGCUUCAUCAUCAGAUUCAUCUUCUAAUUCUGAUGAUGAAUAAUUAGGAUCCGUCACAUCGUCAUUACUGUCAAAAUGUAAUAAUUCUCGGUCUGGAGUUCUAUGCGAUUGAUGCUCCUCAUCUUCUGCCGUUACAUGUUUUUUUAAUCUCCCUUCUAAAUUAUUCGAAUCUGCGCUUAAACUAAAUGCUGAUUGCGGUGGAAGUACACAUCAUACAUUUAUGAUAAAUAGGAUGAAAUUAUUGGAUUGAUUGGAUAAAAUGUUAUGAAAUAUUAGUCAAAAUUAUUUAAGCUAGAUAGUUUAUAAAAUUUAAGUGCUUUACAAACUUACCAGGUGUUUCCAUUUUAUUGAAUCCUAUCUCUAAAUUCAUUUGAAGGUUCUCUGGAUAUUCAGGUUUACACUCACUAGGAGGAUCAUCUUUUUUACUUUCGACAAAUUCUGGAAAAAUAAUAUUUCCUUUCUAAAAUACCUAUCACUUUUUUUUUAAUUUAACACAAAUAUGUUAAGUCCCUAGUAAUGCUAGGGGUAAACUAUGUCCAUUCUAUGACUUAAUUAAUGCAAAAAAAACUAUUAAUUAGGACAAUACGUUAUUUAGUCUGUUAAAAUAAUAGGUGCCUUCUAUAGUAAGAAGUAUUUUUUACGUACCUGAUUUUCUUAUUCUGUUUAGACCUUGGUGAUUUUCAUCCUUUCCAGGUACUUCAUCAGGUAUCACCUUACCUAAUAUUUUAGCGGUCCUAGAAGACCACGGGGUCGUCGAAGUGACGGUGUCGAUGACAUUACUACCUUCCUCAAAAAAUACAACUUUAAAACAAUUUUAAUCAAACAAUAAUUUUUAGCACUCCCGAAAAAAAUUUUUAUUUACGGAUUUUAUACAUUAGACUAAAUACGAAAUCCCAAGCCAAAUAAGGUUAAUGCAACUUAACAUUGAUUGGGUUUGUGCGCUAUGAGGACUUAACAUUUUUUAAAACUGGCUAUUUACAGUAAUUUUUAAGAUAUGUUAAAUCUAAAAAUAUCAAAAGAUGGGCAUAAUGUUAUGUGAUUUAACAUAUUAAGGUUGAUUUUUGUUAAUUUGGACUUAACAUAGUCUGGCUCUGGGGUACACAUAUAUAGACUGCAGUAGAAAAUUAACAAAUGAUUUUUUAGAUUUUUUAAAAUUGGGAUACUGUUUUUUAUUUUUCAGUUCUACAUAUUAGCACAAUACUUUUAUGUUUCCUUAAAAUAUCCUCAAAAAUACCAGUCAUUAUAAUAUUUUUAACCCAAAAUAUGGGUCUUAAUAAAUUAGCUUCUCUCCAUCCACGCUUUAUAGUUCAAGAGUUUUAUAUCCACUCCAACCAGGACCUGGAGCUGCGAAAAAGAGGUAAAUGGAUUUUGCCUUGAAGCUUGAAUUAAUGUUUAUCUUACCUGGGUAUAGUUUUUUAUUUAUGACCAUGAGUUUCGUGUUUCGAAUUCACUUUUUUCUCAGGAAUUUUUUUCUGUCCACUUCUCUAUACAAUUUUGCUAAUAGACAUCAUAUAAAGUAAUAAACUAGCAUUUAAGCCAGCUAAGACCAGUGUGUACAGAAUAAGUUUGGGCACAGAUUUAUUUUUUUAAGCAUAACAUAAUUUUAGGUAUAAAUGUUUCAUUUCUGUUAAUAGUAUGAUUUUUACCACAACUAUAACUACAAAUGAGUUUAAGACCUUUUUUUGUAAAUACAUCAGAUUCUCUUUGGCACUAUAUUUAAAUUUUAAUAAAUGUUUUGUAUCAGGUUAUCACAUCUGGACAAGUCAGGUCUUGAUGUGGAAAACAAUUAUUGCAAUAACAAGUCACAAGUUAGAACGAGAACGAUAGGGUUUCUCAUAUUAACCAGAGUCCGACCCAAAUUAAAUGUAGAGAACUGUAUGAUAUGAUGUCUUCAUAACACUAGUCUUUGCUUUUGAGAGGAGCAAAUCAAUGUUUGCAAUUUUUUGUGACUCUCGAAAGCUUUUGAAUGUGUCUAAAGCUGCAAACUGAUCCGAUCUUAUCUUUGUGAUCGUCGGCAAAUGGUGAGUAUAGGGGACUGACUUCGGCAAUCGUAAUAAGAGCAGAAAUUGGUUCCUCAAGGAUAUUUUGUAGCCUCUCCAAUUUUUGUUUUAGGUUAAUAGCUGACUUAGUAUACAUAUAAUGCAACCCUUCUUUACUACUACUUCAUGGCUAAUGCAAUUUAAAAAAUGUCAACAUCUUACUUUGCUUUGUUGUUAAUGAUACAUUAAUAUAUUACCAAAAUAUACUAUUAAUGGUAUGUCAUAAUUUGGGAGUAUUCUUCUGCCGAUAAAAUAUUUUAUCCGUGACACUUCAUAUCCUAAUUAAGUCGAUAAAUUCAUAUAAACGAGUGUUUUUUUCAUUUUCAGUUUUUAAUGCGUUUUUCAAAGACGGUUUUGUUACUGGAAAAUAUGUUAAAGGUACACCUUUUAAUCUUCAUUUCCUUUUUUUCAGCAACUAGUGGGGUAGCUAUACACGGCUAGUUCUAAGUAGAAAUAGUUCAAAUAUAAUAUAUUCUUGUCAGUUUAUAAAAAAAAACUUUAAUACUCUUUUAAAUAGAACUUGUAAGACCAUUUAUUUUAAAAAACAUUUAGGGCCCACUUGUAUGACCCUUUGAACUGAACUCAAAAUUGGUCCAGGAAUGCCACCUUGAAAUGACAUACUGUUAACACCCUAUUCAUUGCCAGUUUACUGUCACGGGUAAUUAAAUUAGAAUUAAAAUUCAGACACUGAGAAUAACAAUCUUUAUUCACAUAUUUAAUUUCGAGUUUUGUUAUUCUUUUGUGGCAUGUGUUAUUUUGUAAGCGUUUUGAACCAUAUUUUUAUACGUUGUUUUUUUAUACAUCAGUUAUUUAUUUUGUAUAGAAAUAUUUCAUAGCAGCAUAGUUUUAAUAAAAAAUUUUCAUAG